AUGGAUAUCAAAAAGGCGACUUUAGAGUUGAAGGUUAUUCAUUCCAGUUUAAAGGCGAUGAGCACAUUUGCCAAGAACUUCAAUAGUGAAACAAACAAUCAAAGCCAAGUUAGAGUACGCUUAGAGGAGCUUCCAAGUAUUUCAGAAAAAUUUGAAGAAGUGCAGUCAGUAAAAGAAGAACUUGAUCAAAGGUCAGAUGACGUAGUAAUGGAUGAACGAGCAAAAUUUAGAGAGAGGUUUUAUGAAGUCAAGGCAUCAUUAUUACAUAUAUUGGAAGCUGAAGAAUCCAAAAAAUCAGAAGUGACCAGUCCAUCCUACAGCAUCACAUCCAGUCAUGUAAACAACAAUAUGAUGAAAUUACCACCUAUUGAACUCCCUAAGUUUAGUGGUGAUUGGAAAGAAUGGACAUCAUUCAUAGACUCGUUCAAUGUUUAUGUUGAAAGUGAAGCUUGA